CAUUGUGGGAAACUUUAAUAUCUGUGUCUCAGCCACUGAAAAAUAAACAAACAUCAGUAAGGAAAUAGAAUCAUUAAAGGAUGCAUUUAACACACUCGAUCUAAUUGAGAGACGUGGUACACUACACUCAACAUGCAGAAUACAUACCCUUUUCAAGUGCAGAAGCAAUAUUUAUAAAAAUUAACCAUAUUUUUGAUCAUUGAGAAGACACAAAUUCCAAAGAGUUUUAGUUAUACAAAUAUUUAAUCAGAGUGGAAGUAUAAGUUUGGAAAUUAAGCAAAACAUUUUCAGUAUGGUAAAGGGAUGAAUAAAAUCAAAGUUUGCUUUUCUGAAACACUAAUAAAAUUGAUGGCCCCCAGCAAGACUGAUUAAGAAAACAGACAAAAGGCAGAAACUCUAACUGCAGACCUUAUAAAUAUUUAAAAAGAUAAAUGAAUAAUAGAACAACUUUGAAAUUUUAUAUAAAAUGAACAAAUUGAUUCGGCAAACACAGGUUACCAAAAUGAAUAUUCAAAUAUAUGUAAUUGAACCUGUAAUUAAACACCUUAUAAAGAAAACUACAGUCUCACAUGGCUUAAUAAGUGAAUUCUUUCCAAAUGCUUAAGGAAGAAACACAUCUUAUAUGCACUUUGGGAGGCAGAGGUGGGCAAAUCAAAAGUUCUGGAGGAGUUCAAAACCAGCCUGGCCAACAUGGUGAAAUCCUGUCUCUACUAAAAAUAAAAAAAAAUGAGCUGGGCGUGGUGGCACAUGCCUGUACUCCCAGCUAUUAGGGAGGCUGAGGCAGAAGAAUCGCUUGAACCGUGGAGGCGGAUGUUGUGACAGUGAGCCGAGAUUGUGCCACUGCACUCCAGCCUGGCAACAGAGCAAGACUGCGUUUCAAAAAAAAAAAAAAAAAAAAGAAUGAAAAUUGAAUUGCAGUAUAAUCUUAAAAUUUUUGAGAAAUCUACGUUUUUCAGCUAAAAAGAGACAGACUCAGCCUUUUGACCUUUCUUCUAUCCCUCCUUGGAAGGCAAUCCAAGGCCUGGAAAAACAGCAGCCACAUUGUAACCAAAAGAAUAAAAACAUGGCUAAGAAAGUAUCAGGAAACUGAAAAGAACCCUGGACUGCCUUCCUCUGCACGUUGUAAGUGACAAAAAUGAAAUCUAUAUUUCUUUAAGUCACUGAAUCAGAUUUAUUCUUUCUGCGGCUACAAGUAGCCCUAAAUGAUGUAUUAAAUACUAAAAUAAAUACUAAAAUACACACUAAAAUACUAACAUUUUGGUCUUGAACUGCUGAUCUCAGGUGAUACACCCAUUUCAGCCUACCAAGGUGCUGGGUUUACAGGCAUGAGCCAUCACACCCACCUCAAAAGCUUUGUGUUUUUAAAUAUAUUAGACAUGUCUCUAGUUUCAAAAAAAAAAAAAAAAACCCUUAAUAAUGUAGGAGAAUAAGAGAAACUUUUUCCAAAAAAGAGAAAUUAUUGUGAUUAUUUUACCUUAUUGGAAUGUUGGAUAAUAUAGUCAGCUUUAUUAAUCAUCAAGCAUGCUGUAAAUUUUCCAUUAUAAUAGGAUUUGUACCUCAAUUAAGGUGAUAAAGUUUUAAAGCUCAGAAAGUGAAAGCCAGCCCCACCCCUCUCCUAGAGUGGGUGGGGACAGCAGUUGCAUGGGCGCCUUUCCUUGUGACAUCACAGGACCUUCGUGACACGUGGCUGCUUGACCCCGCCUCCUUUCCCUUUCAUCUUUCUCAUUGACCAAUGGGCUUGGAGCAUUAAGGCCACACCCCUAUUCUGCAUUCUAGUGCAGCCCUGGUGACGCCUCCUCUGGCUCAGUCACAUAGCUGCGUGGUACGUGACUGGAGGCAUAUCACUGCCUUUGCCUGGAUCACGCCAAUGUGGCCCCAACCCCACCUCCCUCCUCUCCCCAUGAUGUCAGAAAAAAACCAACAGAGCAAAUUGCCUGAGGCCAAGGAAAAGUUUACAGAUGAUCAUCAGUGGAACAGUGCUGGUGCUGGUACCGGAGCAACCGACAGCAAACAGAAGAAAAUAAAUAAUGGCACUAACCCUGAGAAAACCACUUCUGGUGGUUACCAUUCACCUGAGGAUGAAAAGCAGGAAAGCCACCAAUAUCAGCAAGCCCUAAGGAGGCAGCUAGAGGCCCAGGAUCAUACCAUACGAAUCCUUAUGUGUCAGAAAACUGAACUGGAGACAGCGCUCUAUUACAGCCAGGAUGCUGCUAGGAAAUUUGAAGAAGAAUCCAAGGAUCUGGCAGGAUGCCUGCAUCAUUCCUGGAACUUUGCAAGAGAGUUACAGCGGGCUCUCUCUGCUGUGUCCACACAGCACAAGAAGGCGGACAGGUAUAUCAAGGAGUUAACAAAGGAGAGGGACGCUUUGAGUCUGGAGCUGUACAGGAACACCAUAACCAAUGAGGAGCUGAAGGAGAAAAAUGCCGAACUACAAGAAAAACUUCGACUCGUAGAAACUGAAAAGUCUGAGAUCCAGCUCCACAUCAAGGAGCUAAAAAGGAAACUGGAGACAGGCAAAAUCCUGCUGCCACAGGUUCAAACCAACACUUUGCAGGAGGAGAAGAUGUGGAAUCAGGAGGAGGAGCUACGGGAUCAGAAGGAGAAGCUACGGAAGCAGGAGGAGAAGAUGUGGAGACAGGAGCAGAGGCUGCGGAAGCAGGAGAAGGAGCUGCGCGAGCUGGAGGAGCAGAUGCGGAAGCAGGAGGAGCAGAUGUGGGAGCAGGAUAAGCAGAUGCGGAAGCAGGAGGAGCAUAUGUGCGACCUGGAGGGGCAGAUGCGGAAGCAGGUGGAGGAGAUGCAGAAGAAGGAGGAGCAGAUGAUGAAGCAGGAGGAACAGAUGUGGGAGCAGGAGAAGCAGAUGAUGAAGCAGGAGGAGCAUAUGUGUGACCUGGAGGGGCAGAUGCGGAAGCAGGAGGAGGAGAUGCGGAAGCAGGAGGAGCAGAUGAUGAAGCAGGAGGAGCAUAUGCGCGACCUGGAGGGGCAGAUGCGGAAGCAGGAGGAGGAGAUGCGGAAGCAGGAGGAGGAGAUGCGGAAGCAGGAGGAGCAGAUGCGGAAGCAGGAGGAGCAGAUGCGGAAGCAGGAGGAGCAGAUGUGGGAGCAGGAUAAGCAGAUGCAGAAGCAGGAGGAACAGAUGCAGGAGCAGGAGGAGCAGAUGCGGAAGCAGGGGGAGCAGAUGCAGGAGAAGGAGGAGCAGAUGCAGAAGCAGGAGCAGAUGUGGAAGCAGGAGGAGCAGAUGUGUGAGCUGGAGGAGCAAAUGCGGAUGCAGGAGGAGCAGAUGAGGGAGCAGGACGAGAGGCUGCGAUUUAAGGAGGAGAGGCUGUGGGAUCAGGAUGAGAAGAUGCAGGAGGAGGAGGAGAAGAUGCGGGGGCAGGUGGAGGAGAAGAUGCGGGGGCAGGUGGAGAAGAUGCGGGAGAAGGAGAGGACGGGAGAGCAGAAGAUGCAGGAGGAGCGGUGCUCAGAGCCCUGCCUCCCUCCCUCCGAAGAUCUGUAUGAUACGAGCCACCCUGGCAGCGUGAAGCCUGCACGAGAGGCCACGGAGGGUUCUCCUGAUGACAAUUGCACUGCACAGAUCAUGCAGCUGCUUGGUGGAAGGAAGAAUGCCCAGGAGUGCCCAGUCUUAGGCAGCACCUCCUGCAUCCCAUUCUUCUACCGAGGAGACAAGAAAAAGAUGAAGAUCAUCAGUAUCUAAAAGCCGGCACUGUCAACAAGGCCUACAGAAGUGUAAGCCGCCGUGUAACUUUGUGAAUAUCGUCUGAGAACAAACUUGAAAAAAGAAAAUUUAUUUUAAAUUGUGGCAAAAUACUGGCCGGGCACGGUGGCCUGCACCUGUAAUCACAGCACUUUGGGAGGCCUAGGCGGGGGGAUCACCAAUCCCAGCUACGUGGGAGGCUGAGGUUGCAGUGAGCCGAGAUCACACCACUGCACUCCUCUCUGGCUGACAGAGUGAAACUCCCAUCUCAAAAAAAAAAAAAAAAGAAAAAAAUUCUACUUGAGGACUCUAAUAUCUAUGUAUGUUUCUAUUUUUUUUUUUCUUGGUCUUUCUCAUUUAGUCUUGUGUUGUCUUGUCUUAUGGCAUGCCUAGUAAACUUUUAUCUGCCUCCAGAGAGUAUUGACUUUGACUUUAUGGCACACAAUUGGCGUUCAAGCAGAUCACCUUCAUCUAGUUUGGGACUAAGCUGGCUCAAAGCAGGUUUUAGUUUUUGUGACAGCUGGUCUAUUUUUUAUUCUUUUGGAUUCUUAGGGGUGGCCCUUCCAGGAUCC